CCAGCUGUUGUCAGUGUUCGAGUAGCAGAUACACGCUCGCUCACAAUUAUUCUAAAUAACUGUUCAACAGUUCACCUUUUUGAACAGCCGAACACGAAAGCAAGAAAGGUGAAGAUCACCAAUUGGAGCGAGACUGAAAGGUUUUGUUCCCUACUGAUAAACGGGGCCACAGUUGACACAAUGUAGCAGAGGAAGUUUUCGAAGAUUUGGUAAACUAGAUUGGUGUGAACGGGAGAGUGGAAAAGACUGGUAUCCAAUCAUGGAGGGUUUUGUCGGGGAACUGCUCGGUGAAGAUAGCUCGGUGGUGGCACGCAUGCAGCAGAAAUUUUGGAAGACAAAGCAGGUGCUCAUCAAAGCCACAGGCAAGAAAGAGGACGAGUAUGUGGUGGCCUCUGAUGCUGACCUGGAUGCAAAGCUUGAGUUCUUCCGUUCGGUCCAGUCCACCUGCACCGAGUUGCUCAAGGUGAUCGAGAAGUACCAGUACAGGAUCACGCGUUUGUCCCAAGAGGAGAACGAACUUGGCCUGUUUCUGCGCUUCCAAGCCGAGCGCGACCGUACCAAGGCUGGCAACAUGAUGGAUGCCACCAGCAAGGCCCUUUGCACCUCUGCCAAGAAAAGGAUGGCGCUCUGUCCACCUCUAAAACGUUUGCACCAGGAGGUUGAGACUUUCCGACGACGUGCCAUCACAGACACGCUCCUGACCGUCGGCCGCAUGGAGAAAGCUCGUACCGAGUACAGAGGAGCUCUGCUCUGGAUGAAAGACGUCUCUCAAGAACUCGACCCAGACACUUACAAACAGUUGGAAAAGUUCCGUAAGGUUCAAGGUCAGGUGAGGGCAACAAAGACCCAGUUUGAGAAGCUAAAGAACGAUGUGUGCCAGAAGGUGGACAUGCUAGGUGCCAGUCGCUGCAACAUGCUGUCGCACUCGCUUUGCAACUACCAGACCACUCUGCUGCAGUUCUGGGAAAAGACGGCCCAAGCCUUGUCUGCCAUCCACGAUGCCUUCCAAGGGCACGUGCCGUACCAGUUCACCACACUCAAGGACUUGCGGGACCCAUUAGAGCAAACAACAGUGGCACAGCAAGGGGAGGAAGAGGAGAAGGUUCUACAGGAAAACACAGACAGUCUGGUGUGCUUGGAUGACGAAGCAUCAGGAGGUGGUGCUGACACAGGUGUUUUUCUGGACUCCACUGGCAUUGAAUCAAAAGCUGAGGAUGAGGAUGGUGAACAGGGUGAGAUGGCUUUCCUCAAAGAUCUUCUCAGCCCCGGCCCGGGUCCCACUGACGACUUGAGUAGAGAGUGGCAGGAUGCUUUUGGGCUCUUCGAGGCUCCCGCAAACGGGCCGCCACCACCGCCGCAGAGUCACGUCGCUCCCCCUCUGCAGCACACCUCCUCCACCCCAAGUUGCUUCCUGCCUUCUCAGCUGUUGGAUUACAGUCUGAGUUCCGCAGGCUGGUCGACGCCACCCAUGUUCCAAGCGCCGCCCCUUCAGCCUCCUCCUGCUCAGAACCAGCCACAUACACCGGGCCCAGCGUCUGUCGCCAAUGCACCCGCAGGUAGAUCCAGAGACAUGUCUGCUUGGUUCAACCUGUUUGCGGACCUGGAUCCACUCUCCAACCCCGACGCUAUUGGACGCUCCGCCGACGAGUUCCUCAAUGCCUGAAACUCCGUGUGAUGGUGUAAUAAACGACUGUUAACACUCCACUGGGGUUGCAAAAGGUGUGGAAAAUGUCAGGAUAUUUUCAGAGAGUUUUUGGUAAAUUUACAUCCGAAUUUAAUGUUUGGAAUUUGUGGGAAAUUUCAAAUCGGAAAUGGUCGCAGUUGGGAAAUGGGGGAAUUUUAUGGAAAGGUAUCAUUGCCAAACAUUUUUUUGGGGGUCAUAAUCAGACAUCCUUUCAAAAAAGCUCGCUUUCCUUGCGCAUACAGUGAAGAAAAUAAGUAUUUGAACACCCUACUAAAUUGCAAGUUCCCCCACUUAGAAAUCAUGGAAGGGUCUGGAAUUUUCAUCGUAAGUGCAUGUCCACUGUGAGGCGAUCGUCUAAAAAGAAAAAUCCAGUUCCAAUCCAAUCCAAUUAGAGAGGUUAAAUGUUUCCUGUAGUUGUUCACCAGAUUUGCACGCACUGCAGGAGGGAUUUUGGCCCACUCCUCCACACAGAUCCCCUCUAGAUCAGACAGAUUUCUGGGCUGUUGCUGAGAAACACAGAGUAUCAAGCUCCCUCCAAAGAUUUUCCAUUGGGUUUAGGUCUGGAGCCUGGCUAGGCCACUCCAGAGCCUCGAUAUGCUUCUUACGGAGCCACUCCUUGGUUUUCCUGACUGUGUGCUUCGGGCGGGUCAUUGUCACGUUGAAAGACCCAACCAUUACCCAUCUUCAAUGUUCUGACUGAGGGAAAGAGGUUGUUCCCCAAAAUCUCACAAUACAUGGCUGUGGUCAUCCUCUCCUUAAUACAGUGCAGUCGUCCUGUCUCAUGUGCAGAAAAAUACCCCCAAAAACAUGAUGCUACCACCCCCAUGCUUCACAGUAGGGAUGGUGUUCUUGGGAUGGAACUCAUCGUUCGUCUUCCUCCAAACACGGUUAGUGGAAUUACGACCAAAAAGUUCGAUUUUGGUCUUAUGUGACCACAAAACUUUCUCCCAUGACUCCUCUGUACUCCCAGCUCUUUUCAGGUCAUUGACCAAGUCCUGUCGUGUAGUCCUGGGCUUAUUCCUCACGUUUGUAAGGAUCAUUGAGACCCCACGUGGUGAUAUCUUGCAUGGGACUCCACUCUGAUUGAGAGUGACCGUGAUGUUUAGCUUCUUCCAUUUUCUAAUGAUUGCUCCAACAGUGGACCUUUUUUCACCAAGCAGCUUGGCAAUUUCUCCGUAGCCCUUUCCAGCCUUGUGGAGUUGUACAAUUUUGUGUCCGGUGUCUUUGGACAGCUUUUUGGUCUUGGCCGUGUUACAAGUUUGAGUCUUAUUGAUUGUAUCGGGUGGACGAGUGUCUUUAUGCAGCUAACGACCUCACACAGUUGCAUCUGAUUCAGGAUAACAGAUGGAGUGGAGGUGGACUUUUAAAGGCGGACUGACAGGUCUUUGAGGGUCAGAGUUGUAGCUGAUAGACCGGUGUUCAAAUACUUAUUUGCAGCUGUAUCACACAAAUUGAUCACUCAAAAAAAUCCUACAUUAUGAUUUCUGGAUUUUUCUUUUUAGAUUAUCCCUCUCACAGUGGACACCCACCUACGAUGAAAAUUUCAGCCCCCUCCAUGAUUUCUAAGCGGGAGAACUUGCAAUAUAGCAGAGUGUUCAAAUCCUAAUUUUCUUCACUGUAUGUGAGGGUAUUAAAGUACCUCCAAAUGUUUUCGUUUGAAAACAAUCAAGUGAUGGCUUGUAAUUAGAAAAACUUGUAAGUCAAGUAAAUUGUCCCUGUACUUGCGUGACGUGGUUGUUUUAUUCAAGAUUAUGCUAAAGUAUCAACUAUGUUCCCACUUUCAAUUUUGUAAAUUACCAAUUUAGUCACAUGAAUGUCCAUAAAGUUAUUUUGGUGUCCUAAACUACACACAAUAAUAUCAUUGACAAAUGUGCUUGCUUUCACUCGUCAUUCUGCAUCUUGUGACUGUGGGGUGCUGUUUUUGUUUAUUCUGGACACCAUUUGGGCUUCAUCACGUUGACGAAACACAUCCCAAAGAAUGAUUCAAAGUUUAUUACAUGAAACACGUUGUGCAUUGUUCUGUUACUGGCGCGCUUACACCAGCCACACCAGAAGCGAUUUGGAUUUACAAUGUUGCUGAUGGGUAAAAAAAAAAAAAAAAAAAAAGGUAAAAACACAACCUCACCCUAUUGACAAUGGAUUUGGGGGUGCGACAUGUUAGGGGCGUUGGUUGCACAGGGAUGUAAAAACGUAUUUAGCCAAAGUGGAUCUGACUCGACUUUAGGAGCUCCGUCAAAAUAUGUUUUGGUAUGAUUAGCUUUAUCUAUAUUUUUAUCGAUGACACCUUUAUCUUCUGUAAUUUACUUUAAAGGCGUGCCGUCGCUACAUCUACAAUCCGCUUUUGCUUUGGACUGAACCUUUUUAAGCAGAAGUGUAUGAAAGAAUGCAACGAAAAUGCUGUAUUGCUAAACUGUGAAUUAUGGGAGGCGGGAUUCGAACCUGAUUAUGUUGCGAAAAGAGAACAUAUGUAUCAAACAUGGUUUUCCUCCCCAAUUAUUUAAAAGACAGAUAAGAGAUAAGAAAAUGAGGUCUCCGUACUGGACGUAUGGUCGACUGAGUGCAUCUAUAAGGUUGUGAGGGCAGGGGCGGGGCCUGUGGUGUCAAACUUUUUAUUUAUUUUUCCUCCAAAAUUACUAUUGUUACGACUACUGUAUUUUAAGUACCGGUAAUUUCCACAUA